GGUUUGCUCGUAACUGAGGAGUUCGAAAAAGCAGUCAGAGAAUGCGAGGCUGAAGUGGCCAGACUCGCAAAAGAGUGCCAGCGUCAAAACCGUCGCUACAGAGACCGGUCGUUUGACAUGUACGAUGAUCGCGAUAGGUGUUUGUUUGGUCUUACUAGGCCCGUGGAUACCAACGGAAACGUGACUUUGACCCCAUCUGAUGUGCUGCGUGCGACGCAAAUAUUCGAGAAACCCCAGUUUUUCAUCGACGGGGCGUCUUCUGGCGAUAUCGUCCAAGGCGCAUUGGGGGACUGCUGGUUCCUGAGCGCUUUGGCGAUGGUGGGCACUGUACAAGGAUUGAUUGAAAAGAUCUGUGUUGCACAAGAUGAGAAGUUCGGAAUUUACGGAUUUGUAUUUUUCAAGGAAUCGGGAUGGGUCAGUGUUGUGAUUGACGACCUCCUUUUUUCCGGUAUCCCGAAAUAUGAGUCUUUAACUGACCAGGCGCGAGCCAUGCACAAAGAGAACAGGGAUUUGUAUAAUAGGACGGCUCGUAUGGGCCAGAAAUCGCUCUACUUUGGAAGCUCUGGAACCGAGAACGAAACCUGGGUAGCCCUCAUCGAAAAAGCCUACGCCAAAUUGAACGGAGACUUCAUGGCCUUGGAAGGCGGACACGCACGAGAAGCUGUUGAAGAUCUCACUGGAGGAGUCUCCAGCUUGUAUGCUGUGCCCGACAUAUUCGAUAUAGACCAGUUCUGGACAGAAGAAUUAAUGCAUGUUAACGAGGACAGAUUAUUUGGGUGCUUUGUUGACUCGGAUGGUGGUAACGGCAACCCUCUCAACGGUGAGUAUCAUGCAUACUCUAUCAUCCGGGCCAUGGUGGUAAACGGAAAGCGGUUUCUGAAGAUUCGUAACCCAUGGGGUGACACCGAGUGGACAGGAAGGUGGUCUGACGGCUCCAAAGAAUGGACGAAAGAGUGGCUUGAUGCACUGCCCGAGCUCGGACACAAGUUCGGCGACGACGGGGAGUUUUUGAUGGAGUAUUCUGAUUUCCUGUCCGUAUGGACUGCCAUCGAGCGCGUGCGGCUUUUCGACUCGACAUGGGCCAUGAGCUCUCACUGGUUGUCUUUCUUUCCAGGCGCUUGGAGCUUCGGCGAUGUCUCGUUCACAAUCAACAUAUCAUCCCUAACGCCCGCCGUCAUCGUCCUCGCGCAGGUUGACACCCGCUCGUACGCGGAGAUCGCAGGGCCCUACCGCUGGUCGCUCGAGUUUGCGCUCUACAAAAAGGGCGAGUCGGAGCCGAUCGGCCGGUCGGUGCACGAUCGCCUGUACGGGAGGAGUGUGCAGAUGGAGCUCGACCUCGAGGAAGGCGAUUACGUCGUCCACGUGCGAUUCGACAGGACGGUGCUCAGAACAAACGGCCAGAUCAACGAUGUCCUCGACGGUGCCAAUUCGCGAAAGGCGGCGCAGAAGCUGGCGAGCGCGCUGCAGAGCGAGAGCAUCGCUUCUAGUGAGCUUCCUCGCCUGACUGGUUCUGUCAUUCACUGA